AUGCCCAUUUCCACGCCGCCUAAAACUCGUUCCUGUGGCCCUGCCGCGCAGACCUCAUCUGCAAAUGUCGCAGCUCUCCUUCUCCUUUUCGCGGCCCUCGCGCUCACCACCAGCGCCGCUGCUUGCUCCCUUCUCACCGCCAAUCGCCCGCUGCCGCGCCGAGAUGCUCAGCGUCUGUCCCAACAGCGCCUGCGCGGCCUGUCUCGCCUCGCUCGACCCACCCGCGCCCGACGCUCGCUUCUAAAGCUCGACGCUGCCACCGGCGCCGCCGCGGCCGGCUCGAAAACGACCAGCUCAAGCGCUGCAAGGCCCGUCGAUUUGGAAGGCUCGCAAUUGGGCGCGCUGCUGCAGCUGCAGGAGGCGUGGGGCGCGUGGGCGGGCAACAGCAACGCCACCACGGCGUGCUCUGCGUGGGCUGGCGUCACCUGCAGCCCCAACGGGGCCGUCGUUGCCGUGGAUGCAAAGCUAUUUUCUGAAGUGGAUCCUCCGCCAAGUGGCGCCAUACCCGCCUCCAUCACUAGUCUCGCCACUCUGCAAUACCUCGAUCUGACCUACAUUGACCUGGUGGGGUCCAUUCCAUCCCUCGCCACUCUCACCCGCCUCACCCACCUGUACGUGCCUCUUCUGUUGAAGUCUAGAAGACCUUGA